AUGACUAGGCUCCAUCGACCUCCCCCGGCAUAUAAAGCCCCGAAGGACUCAACAGUCCACGGCACUACCCAAAUUUACAGAUCUAUCUCCGAAACAGCUUCGGACGCCUCUAAACGCACACUGGAGACUUCUUUCACUAUCCGUCCAUGCUCUGCCCAAGCUUGGGUUGUACCAGCCGGUCACAUCUGCCGUCUCACUACUCCCAGAGGCCCUCAGGUAGGAGAUUUAAAUAUCUGGAACGCGCAAAACGCCCGUGAGAGGUUCUGGGCUUCUCGCACACGCCAGAUCCACGCGUCUCAUGUAUCUGUUGGCGACCGUCUCUGGUCCAACCUUCCCUAUCUCCGCCCACUCGUAACAAUCACGGGAGACUCGCUGGCUGGCGGACAGCUCCAUGAGCUGGUAGAUGAAGAUGGAACCCAGAAAUCAACCUUCGGGCCAACGCAGUUUGGGGGACGAUGUCAUGAUCUUUUGGGAACUCGCUGUGAUCCCUAUGUGAACCUGCUCAUGGGCGGGGAGUCGUAUGACUUCCACUGCCAUUCGAAUCUUACGCGCGCAGUGAUGCCAUUUGGGCUGACUGAGCUUGAUGUGCAUGACGUUAUCAAUGUCUUCCAGGUGACUGGCCUGGAUGAAGAGGGAAAAUAUUUCAUGGAGGCUUCACCGGCCAAGCCUGGCGAAUACUUUGAAUUCUUUGCCGAGGUCGAUGUUCUGUGUGCACUUUCAGCUUGUCCUGGGGGCGACCUUUCCAAUUGGAGCUGGGAGGAAAAGGAGGAGAGCAUGGGCGCUACCACUCGCCCUCUCGGAGUGGAAGUGUACAAGUUGACUGAUCCUCAGGUUUUGGCGGGAUGGAAACAGCCAAAAAGUCCUAAAUAUACAGGUAUGCAUGGACUGAAAAUGCCACCACGUGAAGACGAUGGGUCCAAUUAUGUUGGGUUGUAG